AUGGAUCCUUCAACUUCAGACUCCAUCCGCCCUGCUACCCUUUCUGCCCGUCCGCUCUCCAGCCGCAGCGUUGCCGAGUACCGGUUGCCGGCCGCCACGCAGACGCACGAGUUCGCUCGCGUGCCUGGCUCCAAAUUUGUGCUAUUGUCGCAGAUGUCCGACAGCGAGCUCAUCAAGAUCGAGCUGGACCCGACCAGCGAGGAGCCCAUCGCGUUGCAGUCGUUCCCCAUUGGGGAGAGCAGCGCGUCCGGGCUCCAUGGCGUCUGGCCGUCCAAGAAGUAUCCUGGCAUGAUGUGGCUGACGCUGCAGUCCGAGAACAAGCUGUUGCUCGUCGAACCCGGCCCGGAUCUCUCGACGGCCCCAUCCAUUAUCCAGACGAUCGACGUUCCAGAGCCAGGGAACGGCCCGCAUUGCAUAUUCGAGAUUGGCAACCGUGUAUGGUCCGGGCUUAAAGUCGCAUCCAGGCAGACGGGGGAAUACUACGUAUUCUCAGCAGAUAUCGAUAAUGCAGCCGACAGAGUCUUGUACCCGUGCCUCAACAGCCCCGUAUUCAUUCAGGAGGAGCCAACUACGCGACUUAUCUAUGUCACACAGGACGUCGCAUCGUCCAUCAUGCGCAUUAAUGUCACCAGCGGCGAGACGACACAGCUGCCGAUCCCUCCCGACGUCGGCAGCACACCCGUCGGCAUGACCACGGUGUCGGGUCCCCUGAUGGGCUUGUGGUUCACCCUCGCUGGCAACGCAGCCGGCGGCUCCGGGUCCUUUGGCCGUAUCGAACCCACGGGCGAGCUACAAUUCUUCCAGCUCCGGGAGCCGAUGCUCGGGGCCAACGCCGGCCUUCUCCACAUCGCCGACGCUUCGACCAUCGACAGCGGUCCGGCGCUGUGGCUCCUGUCGUCGUCGCUGCUCAGCUCUAAUUCGGCCGACGCGCUGAUUCGCGUCACGUUCGACCAGGCCGUCACGGCCGUCGCCGGCGAAGAGUACAUCUCCAUGCCGACGCAAAACGCCCAGGUGCAUCGCGUCGUGACCCUGGAUGCCACGGUGCUCGUGUCCGAGCUGAGGACGUUCACCCUCGCCCAGCUCACGUACAAGAAUACGGUUGCUGGGAAGUGGGUGCCGGCGGAGUGA